AUGGAAAAGGUUUCUAAAUUUGAGACACUGAAACUUUUGGAGAAAUGCAGAAAGGAAAGAGAUGAUGCCAUACACAGGGAAAGUGUCCUGAGAGAGAAACUCAGGCAGAAUGAGUCCAGGAUGCGUUCAACUGAGGCUCUGAAACAGAAAAUGAAGACUUUAAUGGUGGACAACAAGGAGCUGAGGAAACAAGUGAAGGCUCUUCGUACAGAGAUAGGACUUGAGUGCAGCCCUACGUUUAAUGGAAAGACCACAAAGGACAUAAUCAAUGACUUCCAUGAAAAGGAGCGUGAGUGCAGUUCCUUGAUGGAGAAGGCUGGGAAACUGAGUUUGACCAUUGAUGAUUUGACAUCAGAGUUGGCAAAUGCAGUCACCUCGAAAACACUGUUGGAGGAUCAAGUGCAGUCACUGCAGCAAAAUCUAAAGGAUAUGACAAAUAAUCAACGCCGUCUUCUUAAAUUGUGGGAAGACAAGAAGGUCCAGAGGGAACAGUUUGCACUCCCUGCAAUAAACCAGAAACCAGGACAGAAACCAUUCAUCCACAAAGCGGUUCAGACUGAGAUGUCCAUUAAUUUAUCACAAAAGCUCCCAGUCAAUGCCUUUGAGACCAAGUCCUUUACUCGGGACCAUGACAGAAAGACUGUUUUGGAGAAGCACAGUUUUCCAGCUUACGGAAAUGGCUAUCAUCAUGACAAGAAAGCUUUUAUGCAUGAUGAAGCUAAAGGAAUACAGAAUUGAGAAAAAUGCCACUCGGACUCUGAAAGUACAGCAGAGAUAUAGCUUAUGGAUUAUUUUUGGACUAAAAAUG